AGAGUUAAAGUUAGGGUUUACGUUAGGUUAGAGAGCAAUGUCGUCACGCCGUCGGAGCAACGGCGCGUCCCCAUUGAUCAACCCGCAGCGCCAGAUCACUUCCUUCUUCGCCAAAGCCACUUCUUCUCCAUCUCCAUCUCCAUCUCCAAUCCCUAAAUCUAACUCCAGCCCUUCUCCUUCGCCUUCGCCUCUGGAAUCGAAGCCCAGUCCGACGAAAUGUUACGGCGAAGAGGUCGUCGGGAAGAGGAUCAAGGUGCUCUGGCCGGCUGAUAGGGCCUGGUACAAAGGCUGUGUCAAGUCCUUCAAUAAGGAGAAGACUAGUCACUUGAUUCAGUACGACGAUGGUGACGAAGAAGAAUUGAAUUUGUCUCUGGAGAAAUUCGAGUUGCUUCAAGACACUGUUACGAACUUGAAGCGCUUGCGCCGAGGUCCUUUGCCGACGACUCCCGACGCCCCGGUGGCGGUGGCGGAGGAGGAGGACAAGGACGAGAGUCAUGAAGAUGAUGAUUCCGGCGAUGAGGAUUGGGGAAAGAGUGCGGAGAAGGAAGUGGUUGAGGAGGAGGAAGACGAGACUAUGGAAUUGGAGGAUGAGGAAGAUAGUGACGAGGGAGUGCCCAAGUCCAAAGGAAAGCGCGGCGGCGGCUCCGGUAAGCGAAAGUUGAGCGGCGGAGGGAACUUGGGGUCUGCUAAGAAGACCAAGAGUGGUGGAGAUGUAGUUACUAAUGGCCUCAAGGCUAAUUUGACUGAGCCUACUACUGAGGCUGAGAGCACAAAGGCUGUUAACGGUAUCAAAAUUGGUGAUGCCUCAGAACGAUUUAGCAUGCGUGAAGCUGAGAAGUUCCGUUUCCUUGGGGAAAAACGCCGGGAUGCCAAAAAGAGAUGUCCUGGGGAUCCAAAUUAUGAUCCACGAACUCUGUAUCUACCUCCUGAUUUCUUAAAGAGUCUAUCAGGUGGCCAGAGGCAAUGGUGGGAGUUUAAGUCAAAGCACAUGGACAAAGUUCUCUUUUUCAAGAUGGGCAAGUUUUAUGAACUUUUCGAAAUGGAUGCACAUAUAGGAGCUAAAGAACUUGAUCUUCAAUAUAUGAAGGGCGAACAACCCCAUUGUGGAUUUCCAGAGAAGAACUUUUCAAUGAAUGUGGAGAAACUGGCUAGAAAGGGUUACCGAGUUCUUGUCAUAGAGCAGACAGAAACACCUGAACAGAUGGAGGUUCGUCGCAAAGAGGGUGGCUCUAAAGAUAAGGUUGUGAAACGUGAAGUAUGUGCAGUAGUUACAAAAGGAACACUAACUGAGGGAGAGAUGCUGUCCGCAAACCCUGAUGCUUCUUAUCUAAUGGCAGUGACUGAAACCUCUCAAAAUUUAGUAAACCAAAAUGCCGAGCGUGUUUUUGGAGUUUGUGUGGUUGAUGUUGCUACCAGCAGGGUUAUUCUUGGACAGUUUCCAGAUGAUUUAGAGUGCAGUGCUUUGUCUUGUCUAUUGUCUGAAUUGAGGCCUGUGGAACUAGUAAAACCUGCAGAACUGCUUAGUCCUGAGGCAGAAAAAGUACUGCUGAGGCAUACAAGAAAUCCACUAGUGAACGAGUUAGUUCCACUUUUGGAAUUCUGGGAUGCUGAGAAAACUGUUUGUGAAGUGAAAAGUACCUAUAGCCGUGCAGAUGAUUCUCAAAUGGAAGAAGAUGGCUUCAGCUGCUUGCCAGAUGUGUUGUCUGAGCUGAUUGGAGCCAGGGAGAAUGGCAUCUGUGCACUUUCAGCUCUUGGAGGUGCUCUUUUCUACUUAAAGCAGGCUUUCCUGGAAGAGACAUUGCUUAGGUUUGCAAAAUUUGAGUUACUUCCAAGUUCUGGUUUUGGCGGUAUCAUAUCAAAACCAUACAUGGUUCUCGAUGCUGCUGCUCUAGAGAACCUUGAGAUUUUUGAGAACAGCAGAAAUGGAGACUCUUCAGGGACAAUGUAUGCACAAUUGAAUCACUGUGUGACCGCUUUUGGGAAGAGAUUACUUAAGACAUGGCUUGCGAGACCUCUGUAUCAUGUAGAGUCAAUUAAGGAACGCCAGGAUGCCGUCUCAAGUUUACGGGUAAAUGCCAUAGACUAUUUUUUUUUUUUUUUUUCCGUAUUUCCGUUACGGUAUCCAGAUGCCAUGCCUCCUUUUGGGCUUCGUUGUCAUAUGAUUUCUAAGCUAGCUUCUUUGUAGGGAAUCAACCUUCCUCAUGCACUUGAUUUUCGAAAAUCAAUGGCUAAGAUUCCAGACAUGGAGCGUUUGCUUGCACGGGUCUUUGCUAGCAGUAAAGCUAGAGGAAGGAAUGCUAACAAAGUGGUUUUAUACGAGGACGCUGCCAAAAAACAGCUCCAGGAGUUUAUUUCAGCUUUACGCGGUUGUGACCUAAUGGCAACAGCAAUUUGCUCUCUUGGUGCCAACUUGGAAAAUGUUGAAUCUCAACAACUUCAUCAUUUGCUGACACCUGGUAAAGGUCUUUCUAAUGUCAACUCAGUUCUAAAACACUUCAAGGAUGGCUUUGAUUGGGUAGAAGCCAAUAGUUCAGGUCGUAUAAUACCUCGUGAAGGAGUCGAUAAUGAAUAUGAUUCUGCAUGUGGAAAAGUGAAAGAGAUCGAGUCUCAUUUCAUGAUGUACCUUAAGGAACAGAGAAAAUUACUCGGAGAUAAAUCUAUCACUUACGUUACAAUUGGAAAAGACACAUACCUAUUGGAAGUUCCAGAAAGUUUGGGUGGGAGUGUACCUCAGGAUUAUGAAUUACGUUCAUCCAAAAAGGGUUUCUUUAGGUAUUGGACACCAAAUAUUAAGAAGUCAUUGACAGAGCUCUCACAAGCUGAAUCCGAAAGGGAGUCCUCACUUAAAAACAUUUUGCAGAGGUUAAUUGGACAAUUCUGUGAGCAUCAUAUAAAGUGGAGACAAUUGGUCUCUGUGACUGCUGAACUGGAUGUUUUAAUCAGCCUAGCAAUUGCAAGUGAUUAUUAUGAGGGACCCACCUGUCGGCCUGUUAUCAUGAGUUCAUCAGAUACAGAAGAAGUACCCCUCUUCUCUGCAAAGAGUUUGGGACAUCCUGUUAUUAGAAGUGAUUCUUUAGGAAAAGGUACAUUUGUCCCCAACAACAUUACUCUUGGAGGUACUGGUCAUGCAAGCUUUAUCCUUCUCACUGGCCCUAACAUGGGUGGGAAGUCAACUCUGCUUCGCCAAGUUUGCUUGGCUGUGAUUUUAGCCCAGUUAGGAGCAGAUGUGCCUGCUGAGAGCUUUGAGCUAUCUCCUGUUGAUCGGAUCUUUGUUCGGAUGGGUGCCAAAGAUCAUAUCAUGGUAGGCCAAAGUACAUUUCUUACGGAGCUUUCAGAAACUGCAACAAUGCUGUCAUCUGCUACUCGUAACUCAUUGGUAGCACUAGAUGAACUUGGACGUGGGACGUCAACUUCAGAUGGACAAGCCAUUGCGGAAUCAGUUCUUGAACAUUUUGUCCACAAGGUUCACUGUCGAGGAAUGUUUUCUACACACUAUCACAGACUAGCCGUUGAUUAUCAAAAUAAUUCUCAGGUUUCGCUCUGCCAUAUGGCAUGCCGAGUUGGAAAUGGAGAUGAAGGUGUGGAAGAAGUGACAUUUCUUUACAGGUUGACUCGCGGUGCUUGUCCUAAAAGCUAUGGUGUCAACGUCGCCCGGUUAGCUGGACUUCCUAUUUCUGUACUUCAAAAAGCUGCCGCUAAGUCCAGGGAAUUCGAAGCUGCAUAUGGUAAACACUUGGAGCAAUCUGAAGAUAGCUUUCCCUUUCAAAGUCCAGCAGACAAGAUUGUUGAGUGCUUCAUAAAGUUCACCAACACUGUGGCAAAGUUGACUAGUCAUGAAUCUACUGAGGGCAUUGACAUUGACUCCCUGACUGAAGUUUGGCAUGAUGCAAGAUUGCUUGAGCAACAAAGUUGAGAUAGUGCACUUUUUGUACUUUCCAAGUUUCAGGUAAUUAAAUUUUGGCACUCCAAGAGGAUACUGUCAACUUCCUUCACUACUUGGUAGCAAUUUGCUAAUUCUCUUACCAACUCGUGUUGGAGUGCAAGUUCAGUCAUUUUUGAUAGAAUGUCCAACUG